ACAUGGUGACUAUGCACGAUGUCCUAGACGCGCAGUGGCAAUACGACAACAACAAGGAUGACAGCUACCUGCGAAGGGUUAUCCUGCCCCUGGAGAAGCUGCUGACUUCACACAAGCGGCUCGUUAUGAAAGACAGUGCAGUUAAUGCCAUUUGCUACGGAGCCAAGAUCAUGUUGCCUGGUGUCCUGAGGUAUGAAGAUGGCAUCGAGCUUAAUCAGGAGAUUGUUGUCAUCACCACAAAAGGAGAAGCCAUAUGCCUGGGUAUGAAGUUCCCUGUUCUUGUACCUGGCUAAAUGCAG